GGCCCGCGCCGCCCACCGCCCUUCCUGCCGGGUCUCUCAGUUACGCGGCCCCCUAGACCCGCGCGCCGGAGGAGGGACGAGGGCGACCCCAAGCGCGCUGUUAGCCUCAGGAAGCCGGAGGGACCCGGUGGGCCCGUCAGAGCCGCCCAGAGGAGCGGAGACUACCCCGGACGCCCGGAGAGAAGUGGGAGGGAGACAGAGUUACGUGAGGCAGCGCAGAGUAAGUGGGCUCGGGUCCGACUCGAGGUCGGGCUCGGGACCCAGACGGGUGGGCCAGGCCCCCCAAGCCGGCGUUACAUCCGAUCUAAGGAGCACCUAGCGGACACAGGGACGGACCGAGCAAGGACACAUGGCCUCGCCAUUCCUGCCCGCGGGGGCCACCACGGGCGACAGCGGCGGAGAGCUGAGCUCGGGGGAAGACUCCGGUGAUGCCGAAUCCCUCCAGAGCCCCGAGACCGAGGCGUCCGGAAGCCUGGCCGAGCUCUUUGAGAAGGCUGCCGCGCAUCUCCAAGGCCUGGUUCAAGUGGCCAGCAGGGAGCAGCUCUUGUACCUGUAUGCCAGGUACAAGCAGGUCAAAGUUGGAAAUUGUAAUACUCCUAAACCAAGCUUCUUUGAUUUUGAAGGAAAGCAAAAAUGGGAAGCAUGGAAAGCUCUUGGUGAUUCAAGCCCCAGUCAAGCAAUGCAGGAGUACAUUGCAGUAGUUAAGAAAUUAGACCCAGGUUGGAAUCCUCAGUUACCUGAGAAGAAAGGAAAAGAAGCAAAUACUGGUUUUGGUGGGCCCGUUGUUAGUUCUCUUUAUCAUGAAGAAAUCAUCAGGGAAGAAGACAAAAACAUAUUUGAUUACUGCAGAGAAAACAACAUUGACCAUAUAACCAAAGUCAUCAAAUCGAAAAAUACGGAUGUGAAUAUGAAAGAUGAAGAGGGCAGAACUCUACUCCAUUGGGCAUGUGAUCGAGGACAUAAAGAACUAGUCACAGUCUUGCUACAAUAUAGAGCUGAUAUUAAUUGCCAGGACAAUGAAGGUCAAACAGCUCUACAUUAUGCUGCUGCGUGCGAGUUUUUGGACAUUGUGGAGCUGCUGCUCCAGUCCGGCGCUGACCCCUCUCUCCAAGACCAGGACGGCUGCCUGCCGGAGGAGGUGACAGGUUGCAAGGCUAUUUCUCUGGUGUUGCAGCAGCACACGACUGGCAAGGUUUAAUCAAAAGGCUGGAAGAUCAUGGUCCGUAACAUCACAGAGCUCCAGUGAUGAAGGAAAACUGCAAAAAUAGUACUUGUACCACCCAUCUUUGGUAUACAUUGGCUAAUAAAAUCAGUUCUGAGGAACUGGGAUUUUGAAGUCUCA